ACAGAAACAGACAAUGGGUUGGUAUACCUGUCACAGAAGGCACCAAUGUCACAGCUGCCAUUUCCUCUGGCCCUUUACUCCAUCUCCUAAGCACCAUCCCCAAAAGCAAGCUCCAGAUGUCCAGGGCACUUUGACAAAUUAGGGACCGCAGCUUGGGGCGUAUCUGUCUGCCUCUCGCAGACACGCUGCGCUCCCUGGGGCAGGCUGCGUGCCCCUCCUUUGGUGCCUCUCCCCCCUCGCCUGCCCCGGCCUCCCCCCCAGAAUCAGAGCCGGCUUUGCCUGCGGAGGGAGGCUGUGCUUAGGCGUGAGUGACAGCAAACGGGACUUCCUGCAGGGCAGCUGCUGCAGCGCCCUAACGCUUUGCAGGCGAGCUCUCUGGGGUCGGGGGGCAGGGCGGUGAAGGGGGACCCCUCCGCUGGAGCCCGUCCACGGCUGCCCAGGGAGAGGAAAGGUAGCAGCAGCCCGGGAAGGAGGAGGCGGCCGCGCUGCGGAAUAGCAGGCGCCCCCACCCCCCUGCGUAAAGGAAGAGAGAGGAGAGCUGCUGCUGUCACUGCUCCAGCCACUCAGCCUGAAGAUGGCUGCUUCUUCCUCCUGCAAUGUGGAAGAAGAUGAGAGCCUGAAGGGAUGUGAACUCUAUGUUCAGAAGCAUAACAUCCAACAGAUUUUGAAAGAGUGCAUUGUAAACCUUUGCAUAGCAAAACCAGACCGGCCGAUGAAGUUCCUCAGAGAACAUUUUGAAAAAUUAGAAAAGGAAGAAUGCAAACAAAUAUUGGCUCGGCAGAAAUCUAAUUCCCAGUCAGAUUCUCAUGAUGAUGAGAUUUCUCCUCCUCCUCCAAACCCGGUGGUGAAAGCUCGACGCAGAAGGGGAGGUGUCAGUGCUGAGGUGUACACUGAGGAAGAUGCUGUUUCUUAUGUUAGAAAGGUUAUUCCAAAGGACUAUAAAACAAUGACUGCUCUGGCAAAAGCCAUCUCCAAGAAUGUGCUGUUUGCUCACCUUGAUGACAAUGAGAGAAGUGACAUAUUUGAUGCCAUGUUCCCCGUUAUGCACAUUGCUGGAGAAACGGUCAUACAGCAGGGUGACGAAGGAGACAACUUCUAUGUAAUUGAUCAAGGAGAAGUGGAUGUUUAUGUAAAUGGAGAAUGGGUUACCAGUAUUGGAGAAGGAGGCAGCUUUGGGGAGCUUGCACUGAUCUAUGGAACACCAAGAGCUGCCACUGUCAAGGCCAAGACAGACCUCAAACUUUGGGGCAUCGACAGGGACAGCUACAGACGCAUUUUAAUGGGCAGCACACUGAGAAAGCGAAAGAUGUAUGAAGAAUUCCUGAGCAAGGUCUCCAUUUUAGAAUCAUUGGACAAAUGGGAGCGCCUUACAGUGGCGGAUGCACUAGAACCUGUCCAGUUUGAAGAUGGAGAAAAAAUUGUUGUUCAGGGAGAGCCAGGGGAUGACUUUUUCAUCAUCACAGAAGGCACAGCUUCUGUUCUUCAGCGCAGAUCUGAUAAUGAGGAGUAUGUAGAAGUUGGAAGACUUGGACCAUCAGAUUAUUUUGGUGAGAUAGCACUGUUGCUCAAUCGUCCCAGGGCAGCCACUGUAGUGGCACGUGGGCCACUGAAGUGUGUAAAGCUGGAUCGUCCUCGCUUUGAACGAGUGCUUGGUCCUUGUUCUGAAAUCCUGAAGAGAAACAUUCAGAGAUACAACAGUUUCAUUUCUCUUACCGUUUAAGCUAUUCCAUUGGGAAUGCUGCCUUUGUGUGACCUUGUGCACUUAAAUUUGACCUGUGCAGCUCAAUAGCUUUAUGAAGAGAAAAAGGUGUGCAUUUUAUUUGUCUUUUUCUGUCUAUGUCUGAUGCACUGGAUAUAAAUUCAAAUGUUAUGUAUCAUUAAAGUAGGAUGACAACCAUUUGGAUAAGACUAGCUGUUAGGAAUGUUUAUGAAUGGUUAGGUUUUCGGCUUCUGGGUAAGAUUGCUAUGUGUUACCCAUUAAAUACUUUCAUUGUGCAAUUUUAACUACUUAAAAAUACAUCCGAGUCUCUAUUUCUCCAUUUAUUUUAGCUCAGUCUCCUGCAAGUUAGUCCUAUCCAUCUUUUGUCAAACUUUUUUAAUGAAUAUACAUCCCCCUCUGCCCUACAAUUUAAAAUGCUCUUCACUUGUUACGGGAAGUUUGCAAAACACCACAUGACAAAGGACAGUUGCACAAUUUGAGGGGGAAGGCAAGAGGAAAAUUUUGAUCAUUCCAAUACUCCAAGAAAGAGUAGAGCUGUGGAUCAUUUUGUCUGUUAAGCCUACUGGCCCAGAUUAUCUCUGAUGCAAAUUCUUUGAAGGCAGUGGAGUUACACCAGGGAUAAAUUUGGCCAAUUCAAUUUUGAAAGUGAAGAUUUCAAGGUGUUUUGGGGAUUUUUUUCUAAGCAUUUAAGUGUAGCCAUUAGUCCCCAAAGUGGGUUGCCCUGAGCCUUUUUAACUAAGAGCCUGAGCCAAAGCCCACUAAAGUCAAUAGGAGCUUUUCCAUUGACUUUAAUGGGCUUUGGAUCAGGUCCUAAGACUUUUGAAGCAUCAUUCUAUACACCAAAAUAUCAGCAGCAGCUUUUUCUGAAUAGAUAUAAAAAGCUUGAGAGAUCAUGCUAGAAAGCACAUCAAAGAUAUUCAACAGCAGUUUGGUAUGAAAAUAUUUUACAUAUAUCCAUUUACUGCAGUUAAAAUACCUUUGCUAUUAUAUAUGAUCAAGGGUUUUUGAAAGCCAGACAUAUACUUUAAAAUGAAUCAUCCCCGAAUGUACUAUGCGUAGGGUGACCAGAUAGCAACUGUGAAAAAAUGGGACCGGGGGUGGGGAGUAAUAGACGCCUGUAUAAGAAAAAGUCCCCCAAAACGGGACUGUCCCUUUAAAAACGGGACAUCUGGUCACCCUGACUAUGCUGCCUCUCGUCAAAAAGAUGAGCACUGUGCAAGAAACGAGUCAGGCCCUGACCCGGCAAUGAAUGCCAUGUGCUUGGACCCCUGCACCUGGGCACAGCCCCACUGACUUUGUUGUAGCUCUGCACCGGCACAGGAGCCCUCUUGUGUAGGGCUUUCUGCAGAACCAGGCCUUAGCCCUGCAAGAUUUUAACAUUUUAAAUCAUUCCUUUGGAGAAUUUUCCCAUCGGAGGAAACCUCAGUUUGAGCACUGUAGCAAAGUGUGCAUCCAACGGCCAUAAAUACACCUGUCCACGUCUUUUGAUUAUGGUAAAGCCGUAUUUCUUGGCUUAUUAAAGCAUCCUCCUAUUUGAUGACAGUAAGCAUUUUUCAUAUUCUUCCUUCCUUAUAUGCUGAAAUUACAAAUUAAACAAGGCAGACAGAACCUUUUUUUAAAUCAAAGGGGUUAGUCAAGAAUAUGGCUAAAUGAAGUAAAAAUGAGAAAGCUCAUUAUGCUCUUUUAACCUAAAUUAACAAAAAUUCCUUUUGGAAUUUUCCCACCAAGAAAACUCCUGGGGCUCAAUACUACAACCCUCAGAGUAAUCUUCGCUGAGUUAUAUAGAUCCACGGACUUCAGGAUCAGGCCGAUCAUAAUUUCAAGCUCUUUAAUUUAUUUCAGUAUGUUUUUAGUGAUCCCAGUAAUCUCUGUUUAUUACUGUUAUUUAUUAUGAUUAUUAUGCUUCUUGCAUGGAUUAUUAAAUGUGACCAUUCAAAAUGUUUUGUUUUCCAACUUGCAAUUUCAUGACAAACAUUUAUAUGGACAAAAAUCCACCAGACACAUACAUUCAUGUAAAAAACUCAUUCUUUGCUUAAUCAUUUUUGUAUUUUCCUAUUCUGUGCAAUUAAAAAAAAACAUGUAAAGGUUA